CGCAGAACUCGACCCGGUGUCUUCGCACGGAGCCGAGCCUUCACUUGAGGAUGGAAGAAGCCGUGAAAAGGACACGAAAUGUCUGAUAAUCACCGGGGAUGACAACGCGCUCAGAUUCCUGGCGGGAAUAAUCUGGAAGCGUCCGUUAAGAGUGAAGGCAGACCUGACAUGGGUGUCACGGUGUUUCUGGGCAGGUAAACGUUAGCAGGUAGCCCGGCUAGCCGCUCAGCUAGCCACGCUGAAGGAAGCUAGCUUAAACAGCCUAGCAGCAGCUUUUACUAACAAAGUGACAAGACGGGUUGGAUGAACUGUCGCCAGAGACGGCACCAAGAAGACAGCCCGGCAUGGACCAGUUCUACCCUGCAGAUCCUGAACUGCCUUUGUGAUCCACUAACAGCCGCCCUUUUCAUUGUUUUCAAGGAGGAACUAGUGGCCGCCGGUGCUGCAAGCUUGAUUGACAGCUUGUCACAACGCGUUUUCCAGAUGUGGAGUCAGCACGGAGAGUGGUGCUAGGCUCCAGGUCCGCCAGCCGCAGCCGCAGGACUGGCCGCUGACCAGGAAUGGCUGGCUGGAACAAACUCACGAGUGGACGCUCAACUCAGCAAACUGCAUCAGCGAGCUCUGGAUUUCACGUUGGCAGCGAGGCGUCCCUGAAGUGGACACCGGCCGAGCCGACGCGGAGCUAGCCAGCUAACCGGAUUCACCGAGAGCAUUCAGCCACAGCAAAACGUGCCGUCAGCCGGGGCCAAGACCCGCGAACAGGAGCCCUUUACGGCCAAAGAUGAGGAGGACAGAGAAUAAAAACAAGAGGAAACUCUGCAACAUGGAGCACCAGAGCGGCGGAGAAGAGAAAGAUGCGAAGGAGUUUGCGGCUCCCCCUCCUCUCCUCUUCAGGAAGCUGAGUAACCCCGACCUGUCACCUGCAGCCACCGCCGCUACGAAGUCCAAACUGCACCGACAGCUGAGCCAGGACGAGAGCUGGGCCAGACGCAGCAGCAUGGCCAUGACCGGUAAGCAGCUGCUGCCUCUGUCCAGCAGUCUGCAUGCAGGGGUGAGUCAGCUGGCCUGGCAGGGGCCCUCUGGAGGCCUUGGAGGGCCCGGCGCCACCGGGGGAAUGUCUGCAGGAGGAGGGGAAGUGAACAACCUGGUCCGUAUGAGGAGCCAAGCCUUAGGACAGUCUGCUCCGUCACUCACUGGACUGAAGGAGCUGAGCCUUCCCAGAAGAGGCAGUUUCUGUCGGACGAGCAACAGGAAGAGCUUGAUCGUGACAUCCAGCACCUCCCCCACCCUGCCAAGACCACACUCACCUCUGCAUGGACACACAGGCACCAGCCCUCUGGACAGCCCUCGCAACUUCUCCCCCAACACUGCUGCACACUUCUCGUUUGUUCCUGCACGCAGUCACGGACACAGGGCUGACAGGACGGAUGGCAGACGCUGGUCUCUGGCCUCGUUGCCUUCCUCUGGCUAUGGCACCAACACUCCGAGCUCCACCGUCUCGUCCUCCUGUUCAUCUCAGGAGAAGCUGCACCAGCUGCCCUUCCAGCCCACUCCGGACGAGCUGCACUUCCUCACCAAACACUUCAGCUCCGAGAGCAUCACGGACGAGGAGGGACGGCGCUCCCCCGCCAUGAGACCGCGCUCCCGCAGCCUCAGUCCCGGACGCUCGCCCAUCUCCUUCGACCACGAGAUCGUGAUGAUGAACCACGUGUACAAAGAGAGGUUCCCCAAGGCGACGGCUCAAAUGGAGGAGCGUCUGGCCGAGCUGCUCUCCUCCUCGGCCCCGGAUAAGGUCUGCCCACUGGCCGACGGGGUCCUGAGCUUCAUCCACCAUCAGCUGAUAGAGCUGUCCAGAGACUGCCUGGAGAAAAGCAGGGAGGGCCUCAUCACCUCCCGCUACUUCUACGAGCUCCAGGAGAGCCUGGAGAAGCUGCUGCAAGACGCUCACGAGCGCUCAGAGAGCGUGGAGGUCACCUUCGUCACACAACUCGUGAAGAAGCUGAUGAUCAUCAUCGCCCGGCCGGCGCGUCUGCUGGAGUGUCUGGAGUUUGAUCCCGAGGAGUUUUACCAUUUGUUGGAAGCAGCAGAGGGCCAUGCCAAGGAGGGUCAGGGCAUCAAGUCCGACAUCCCCCGAUACAUCAUCAGUCAGCUGGGCCUCACCAGGGACCCCCUGGAGGAAAUGGCCCAGCUGAGCAGCUACGACAGCGGCAACCCAGAAACCCCGGAGACUGAUGACUCCGUGGACAGUCGAGGAACCACGGUUCCAGCAGCUCCACCACAGACUAAAACCAAAGCACCUCGAGAGGAGGACUUUGAGAACAUCAAGCUCAUCAGUAACGGCGCCUACGGCGCCGUGUUCCUGGUGCGUCACAAGGAGACCAGGCAGCGUUUCGCCAUGAAGAAGAUCAACAAGCAGAACCUGAUCCUGAGGAACCAGAUCCAGCAGGCCUUUGUGGAACGAGACAUCCUUACGUUCGCCGAGAACCCGUUCGUGGUCUCCAUGUUCUGCUCGUUCGAGACCAGGAGACACCUCUGCAUGGUGAUGGAGUACGUGGAGGGCGGAGACUGCGCCACGCUGCUGAAGAACAUCGGAGCGCUGCCCGUCGAUAUGGCUCGUAUGUACUUCGCAGAGACCGUCCUCGCUUUGGAGUAUCUUCACAAUUAUGGCAUCGUACACAGAGACCUCAAACCUGACAAUCUCCUCAUCACGUCCAUGGGACACAUUAAGCUGACAGACUUCGGUCUCUCAAAGAUCGGUUUGAUGAGUUUGACCACAAACUUGUAUGAAGGACACAUCGAGAAAGACACCAGAGAGUUCCUGGACAAACAGGUGUGUGGCACGCCAGAGUACAUCGCACCAGAGGUGAUCCUGCGUCAGGGCUACGGGAAGCCGGUGGACUGGUGGGCGAUGGGAGUCAUCCUGUACGAGUUCCUGGUGGGCUGUGCCCCCUUCUUCGGAGACACCCCAGAGGAGCUGUUCGGUCAGGUCAUCAGUGAUGAGAUCAUCUGGCCGGAGGAGGAUGAAGCUCUGCCUCAGGAGGCUCAGGACCUCAUCUCCAAACUGCUGAGACAGAAUCCUCUGGAGAGGCUGGGCACAGGAAGUGCCUUUGAGGUGAAGCAGCACCCGUUCUUCACAGAGCUGGACUGGAACAGCCUGCUGAGGCAGAAGGCCGAGUUCAUUCCCCAGCUGGAGUCUGAGGACGACACCAGCUACUUUGACACUCGUUCCGAUCGCUACCACCACGUCGACUCAGAGGAAGAGGACGACACCAACGACGACGAGCACGUGGAGAUCCGCCAGUUCUCCUCCUGCUCGCCUCGCUUCAGCAAGGUGUACAGCAGCAUGGAGCGUCUGUCCCUACACGAGGAGAAGAGGACUCCCCCGCCCACCAAACGCAGCCUCAGUGAGGAGGGAGGAGAUCGAAUCGACAGCCUGAGCGGACUCAAGUCCAGGGAUCGAUCCUGGCUGGUGGGAUCUCCAGAGAUCCUGCGGAAGCGUCUGUCUGUGUCGGAGUCGUCUCACACGGAGAGCGACUCCAGCCCGCCGCUAACGGUCCGGAGACGCUGCUGCUCAGCCAUCAUUGAGAUGCCGCGCUUCGCCAUCUCCUCGGAGGAAGAGGGAGGUCAAGGUGCAGCUGGAAGUCGUAAGAGUCCCAGCCUGUUGGGUCCGAGUGCGGUGAGGGGCCCGCGGUGUGACGAGCUGCCCCUCGCCAUCCCGGAGCUCCCGUUGGAGAGGGAGCUAAAGCUCGACGAGUCUCCCACCACGCCGAGCUCCACCUGCAGCCAGCUGAGCAAGGCCACGCUCACACCGGGUAGUUCAGGCGACGUGUGCGAUCGCGCUCACAAAGGUAACGGCGGUAAUGGCGGAGCUGCUAAAGGUGCCGCAGACAGCGACUCUCCGUCGACCCCAAGAGCCAUCAGCGACCUGGCGGCUCGCAGGGCUCGCCAUCGGCUGCUGUCCGGAGACGCCGACAAACACGCGGCGACGCCGAGCUCCAGACCGCUCAACAAGGUCAUCAAGUCGGCCUCUGCCACCACACUGUCGCUGAUGAUCCCUGCAGACCACCACGGAGCCUCUCCAUUGGCCAGCCCCAUGUCGCCCCACUCGCUGUCGUCCAAUCCCUCAUCGCGGGACUCCUCCCCGAGCCGAGACCUGUCCCCGGCCGUGAGCAGCGUCAAGCCAGCCAUCGUUAUCCACAGAGCGGGCAAGAAGUACGGCUUCACUCUGAGGGCCAUCCGAGUGUACAUGGGAGACUCUGACAUCUACACCGUGCACCACAUGGUCUGGCACGUGGAGGACGGCGGUCCGGCCCACGAGGCGGGGCUGAGGGAGGGGGACCUGAUAACCCACGUCAACGGAGAGCCGGUUCACGGUCUGGUUCACACGGAGGUGGUGGAGCUCAUACUGAAGAGCGGCGCCAAAGUGUCCAUCUCCGCCACCCCGUUUGAGAACACGUCCAUCAAGGUCGGCCCCGCCCGAAAGACGAGCCACAAGUCCAAGAUGGCGAGACGCAACAAGAAGACCAAGACCAAGGAGGGACAGGACAGCAAGAAGAGGACAUCUCUGUUCAGGAAGAUCACCAAGCAGGCGUCUCUCCUCCACACCAGUCGCAGCUUGUCCUCCCUGAACCGCUCUCUCUCCUCUGGGGAGAGCGGCCCCGGCUCGCCCACGCACAACCUGUCGCCACGGAGCCCGACGCAGGGCUACAGGUCCACGCCGGACUCCGCCCACUCAGUUGGUGGAAACUCGUCUCAGAGCAGCUCUCCCAGUUCCAGUGUCCCGAACUCCCCGGCGAGCUCCGGCCACAUCAGGCCCAGCUCGCUGCACGGCCUCGCCCCGAAGCUCCAGCGGCAGUACCGCUCACCCCGACGCAAGUCUGCCGGCAACAUUCCCCUCUCCCCCCUGGCCCGGACGCCGUCACCCACCCCUCAGAGCAGCUCGCCACAGCGCUCGCCCUCCCCGCUGCCCGGCCACGCCCUGGGACAGGGUGCGGUGGGUCAGUCGUUCCCCGUGAAGCUCCACUCCUCCCCCCCGCUGGUGAGGCAGAUAUCCAGGCCGAAGAGUGCAGAGCCUCCGCGGUCUCCGCUCCUCAAGAGGGUGCAGUCGGCCGAGAAACUGGCCGCCUCCCUGUCUAGCUCCCCCUCGUCUCCCUCCGGGGCGGCAGCGGUCGGGGAGAAGAAGCUGGCGGUGGGACCUGCUGUAGGGAGCCGGAAACACAGCCUGGACAUCUCACAUUCAGAGUUUAAGAAGGAGAUUCUGCAGAGAGAGCCGAGUCUGCAGAGUCUGCAGGAGUCAGCCAGCGAGGGUCUGCUGUCCUCAGCCGGACGCGGCGUGGAGAAGGGCAGCCUGCAGAAGCACUCCUCCUCAUCCAGGAAGUUAGGGCGCCAGGAAGGGGACGGCGCCCUCGGCACGGUGCCCGGCUCGCUGGGCCUGGCCCCCGGGAAGAGCAAGCUGAAGGACAAACUGUCCGCUAUCCGGCAGGACCGAGCCGAGCGGAGGGAGUCGCUGCAGAAGCAAGACGCCAUCCACGAGGUGGAUUCGUCCGAGGACGAGACCGACGAGGGCUCUGAGGACAGCCAGGAUGGACGCAGGGGGACGACCUUCACCCCUCCUCCCCUGCUGCGGCCCACCACUGUGAGAACGGGCCCCGGAGGCACCCUGCCGUCCCUCUGCCUCUCCCCCUGCACCCCUCAUGCCACAUUCACCCACACAGGACCCUCGCAGGUCGGCAGGCCCACUCCCUCGCACACCCUGCCCCCUGUUACAGAGACCAAGCCCGGUCACAGCGCCUCCUUUCCGGGAGUGAAAGACGCGAAGUCGGCCUCAUCCACAGAAGGCGGCGCAAGACAAGAGAGGAAGGUCCUGGGGCCGAGCGGUACCACAAAACCCACUCAGGGCCCCCUUCCCUUUUCCACUCCAGGCAGUGCAUUCAUCUCAGUCAGCAAGGACACUUUCCUCAAGCCAACUCCCCCAGCAGACUCCAAGAGUCUCCGGGGGAAGACUGCACCAUCAGAGCCCAGGGCAGAGGGCCAAACCCCAGACAGUCCUAGAACCACAGUCCCCUCUACCACAAAUACUACCGACUGCAGAGCAACCACCAGUACCACGGACUCCAGAACUCCCACCAGUACAACAGACUGCCAGACCACUGACAGUCAAGAGACCCCCCACACCUCCUGCUCCUCUCCUGGCAUCCCCAAGGAGAAGAAGGAGGCUGACAACCGGAGACUGUGUGCUGCGGCUGCCGCUGCAGGUCUGAGUGCGUCCUCGUCCCCUUCUGGCUCCGGUUCGGGCUCCCCAGUUUCGGCCCCCGAGAGCGGCAUGGAAAAAGUCGUGUCCCAGCUUGCAACAGUAGCUAAGAGCGUUCUGGGCCCAGUCAAGCUCAGCACUGCUGGAGACAAGAGCCAGAAAGACCAGAAACCAUCCAGAGGUGGCACCCCAGAAGUCCCCCCAGCUGACCCGCUUUCAUUUCCCUCUAAACAGCCCUCGACCCCUCAGUCCCCUCACCUUUCAGGGUCCUCAACCAGACAGAAAAGUGAUGGAGUUGCUUCACCGACCACCUCACAGAGGACGGCCAAAUCCUUAACCCAGAAGGACUGCGCGGCCCCGCCGCCGCCAUCCUGCAUCAGCGUCCCAGAAAGGCCGACAUCAGGGUCUGCAGGAAGGGAGAACGCUGCCACGUCUGCAUCUGCGCAGCGGCUGGGUUCAGCAAGCGCUCAGCCCGCCCUCAACGCAAAACCCAGCUCCUCUGCAGCACCUGAGCCACAGCGCAAGAGGGCCGAACCCCAGACGGCGACUGCCGCCGCCACCGCCAACGCCGUGCCCGCCUCCUCACAACAAGACAAAGCAACGAGCAAGAAGACGUAGCAGCGAAAAGCAAAAAACCAGAACAAAAUGUACAGACCACAGCACUGAGGCAGGCUGGGGGGUUUCAGAGUCACACAAGCUGCAUGUUCGGAAGAAAACAUUAAUUACUUCACACUAAUCAGAGUUUGACUUUCAAAGCAACAGAAAGGUGGAGAGAGACGAGAGGCGUCAGAAGCAGAGACAGAUGUGGUAGUCCUAGUUCCAUUCCAGCUGUUCUGUGCUCUUCAUGUCCGUGUGACUUGUUUUGGUGUCCUGACUCUUCGGUUCUGCUUUCAGACGAAACGUCGCGAGGCGUUUUUUUCUCUUUCUGCUAAUGUGCACGGGGCUGGAAAUAAAGAGAGCUCAGUGGUCCACACUCUCCACCUGUUUCCCGUUCAUGAUCUUCUCCUCAUUCCUGUGAUGUGAUGCCGGGCAGAGCCGACACACACACACGUUCCUGCGGCAGAUCACUUGCCUCACUGAGCGCUCUGUGCCUCUUCCCAUCCCGCCUCGCCUGAUGUCUACGCAGCCAUGACUGGAACACCGUCGUAUCUCAGUAUGUUUACCAAGUUGGUUUUUAAAUGUUUGGAAAGUACUGACAGGGUUCAGUUGUUGGCUCCAUGCUGGAUCCGGUUUCAGGUUGGAAAAUUGCCAGAUUUGUUAAGCUCUGACACAAAUAAAACUGUUAUCAUGUAUUUUACGAUGCAAACAGCAUCGCUAACAUGAGCUAAAAAGACAAAUGUUGCUGGUGGCAGAUUAUAGUUUAUCAGAUGUAGUUUAUUAAUUUCAGUGAGGGGUCUGAAAAACAUCAGCUGAUUCAGUUCUGGAUUCAGAUUCAAUGAAAUCAACCCUAGCAUAUUAGCAUUAGCUCAAUUACACAGUCGUCCGGUCCUGCAGCUUGUAGCCACACAGAGUUUUAGCUCCAAACACACACAUGAAGAUGAAGUCCAGGAUUUGAUGAUUUGAUGCCUGGUUUUAUUGGAGGGAUCCAAACUGAGCAUGCUCAGACUGAUGGAAGCUGCUCUGUUGGACCAGCGCCUCUUUAUCUCCAGCCCCGCUCAGCCUCUGAAGGCUGCCGUCGUUUUAUUUGGUAUCUGGACCAACUUGCUGUGUUUUUUUUUGCCUCUAAUCCUGUAAAGUGAUCCGACUUUACUUUGUACGUGUGUGUGUGUGUGAGGGAGAGCGUUUGUUCUUUUGUGCAUGGUUAUCCGUGUGUGUAUAUAUAAGAAUAUUUAAAGUUCUGUUGUGCAUCUGUUUUAUACCCUGGGUGUGUUUGUGUGUUUUAGGAUGAACUUUGUUCAGGACACCCUGCUACCUGUGUGUGCGUGUGAGUGUGUGUUUGUCGGCCGUCAGGCUUCGCACAAAACCUUGAUCUCAUUUGUCCGAUGAAAAAGAGAAAAAUCACUGAAAGGAAAGCGGGUGGAGGCGUUUGACCCCCGCCUGCUGUGUGUGUGGAGCCGUUAGUCUGUUAACGUCACUUCCUUGUUGUUGUUUUCCUGCAUAUACCACCUUUAACUCCUCCCGACCACGUCUCUGACACAUCUGAGAGUGAGAGACAGUUUGCAGAUGUUCUGCUUUGGUUUGUUUUACCUGUUGAUAGAGUCACCUUUCCAAAGCGGCUCACCUGAGCGCACGGCGAGCCCGGCCCCGCUGUUAGCCCCGCUGUUAGCCCGCUCGCGUCGUGCUUUUGGAUGUUCUCGCUCUCCCGAGGACGCUCGUCUCAUGAGUUCAGGGUGGACUCAACCUUCCUUCGGUGUUUCGUGUCUUUGUCGGAGCGAGCAGAUUUUAAACGGACGCUGACUGCGGCUUCUCUGUCAUGUUUACAUGUUCUUUCUUUUUCUUUGUGAUUUUUCUGUCGAUGGAACUCGUUGCCUGUAGCAGUCGACCCUCCUCUGCCAGGCGAGGAUAAUUACCUGCAGCGCGUGCACAUGUUUAGGUGACUCCUGAUCGCGCUGUGGCGUGCUGACGUUCAGCUGUGUGAUGAAGAGCUCACCUGUCGACGGAGGACGUGUAGAAACGAGGAAGAUUCAGCGCACAUACGUUAAAAUCAUCUCCUCUCUCCUCGCCUCGUGGCCGUGAAGGAGCGUGUCUGCAGAACAGGUUGGCAGUGUCGAGAGGAAGCAGCUCGCGUCCUCUCAGGCGUUACUUGCAGAAUGCUUCGGCCAAUCAGGCGGCCCCGGACGCUGAUGAGUUUAAAACUGUGUCUGUCUUUGGCGCCGUCAGACUUGGACAGGACAGUUUGUCGAUUUUGACCACAUUGGAUGUUUUUCAUGAACACGAGCCAAACGUCUCGUUGUGUCACCGGAAAAAUGAGAUGAGACAAAAGAAGUGAACGUGGCGCCUUAAAAAACCCAGACAGGAAAUCAGGAAGAAGUUUUAGAGCACGAGAGGAAAGAAGAGAGCAUUUCUAAAGUUUAGAGCCCAAAAGACAAGUUUUGUCUGGAGAUUUGAGCCUCUGAUGGCUGGUUCUGGUUCAGAUUCAGUUCUCGUGUCUGAACCAUGAAAAGCUUUUCUUUGCUCCCUCGUAAAGCUUCUCGUCUCGGUUUUGUGAACUUCAGACGAGAUUAUGAUACUUUGUGCUCAAAACUGAUCUCAAACCAGUGGCCCCCAAAAUCAGGAUGUUGUUCUUGAAGCUAGAACUGAAACUAGAGCACGUCAGAGCAAAACACUCAGCUGAAUGUGAGUUUAUCAGAUAUGUCGGUGUCACUGUUAGCGAGCAUUACGUUAGCUGGUGAGAUAGAAGAAAUGCCAGCUCACUUCAGACUGUCUCCAUGACACAGUUUAAAGGAUCUUCAUCCAAAAUGUGGAUUUAUAUUAAGAAACAAAUACUGGCCGGUAGUUUAUGAAUCAAUCACAAAUCCUGUCGGGCUCUAAGUGUGUGUUUUGCUCUUGAAUUGUCGCUGCGUGCUCUAUAAUUCUGAUUAAUUGAUAAAAGGUUAAUUGCAGGCGAGUUAACGAACUCCUGAAAUUUGGUUCUUGCUCAAUUAGUUUCAUCACUAAAAAUCUUCCAGAUCGAGUUCUGAACUUUAGUCACUUCCUGUUUCACCUUCUCAGGAAGCGCCCGCUGUCAACCGCAGCUGGAGUUCAGAUUUACACACACACACACACACACCCCUUUUCUCCUGUGUAAAGAUGAUGGUCGAGCCAUCUGCUGGAGAGUGAAGCUAGCAUCAGUUUCCCUGGUGGAGUCAUUAAUCUCAAGCCCUGAGCCUGUUGACCACACACACACACAAACGCGCACACACACACGCACACACACAGGGUCAGGAUGGCCAACACAAGCACUGCCCGGCCCCCCACCGGCUCCUCCGUCCUGUCCCGGUCCGCUCGGUUCGCAGUUUGUCCGCCCUCCAGCCUGUGUUUACCCAUCAUGCACCUCUGCGGCUGAGGGUCCGCUCAUUAAACUGCUGAGAUGCAGCGAGUCAAAUCGAAACCGUCGAGUCGUGUCGAGCGCUUUCAGUUUUGAUUCUGAUUCUCCGGACAGCAAACACUGAUGUCCUCAUUACCCUGAGGAACAUAAAUAUUUUUCAAUAUUCAGCAAAGACGCUAAAAUUCUUAAGUGUUAAAUGUUUUCUAGAAUCUGUACUGAAACUGACAAAAAUGUCCUGAUCAUUCGAUUCCGUCACCUCUGCCAUCAGAUUUGACCUGGAAGUGAGGCGUCACCCUGCGAUGUUCCACCUUUUCAAGCGUUCACCUGGCCGGAUGUUAAACAGAGCAGAGACACAGUCCCACUUCCUGUGUUUCUGAUUCGUCCCUGCUCUUAGAACUCGAUCCUCAAUUUAGACCCGCUUUGUUUUGUUGGAUUUCAGGCAUUUGAAAGCUGCUGAUGAUUCCAGACAUGAAAUCUGACUCCGUGCUGGUUUGUCACGUUUGUCGCUGACGAGCCUCCGUACACCUCUGACCUGCUCUGCCUGCUCGGCACAUAGAGGAUUCAAACGUGUGACUUUGGGUAUGACGAGGUACGAGGUGAGGCCUUGUUACCACUAACACACACGCACACACACACACACACACACGCGUGCGUCACAUGACAUUCAGCGAUGGUUCCGUGUGCAGUCCGAUAAGCUCGUAUCUGUCCGAGCUGGUCCCUCCUGCUCGGUUGAGCACUCGGACCUGGCUUUUGCAGACGAGGGCAGUAUUUCCAAGCUGUGUGUGUUUUGUGUUUGUCUUUAAAGCGUGAUGAAGAGGAGGAGGAGGAGGAAGAUUCAGCUGUGCACCAUAAAAGCUUGAGGAAGAUGUUGAGAGAGAGAAAUAAAAAUUGCUAGAGUAAAACCAGUGCAAUAUCUUUUUAUUUUUUAUUGUGGUAAAAGCAUGUUGUUGUCAAUCUUACCUUACAACAAUAAUAAAGUUUUUUUAUGUACGUUCCA